UCAUUUGAAGUGCUGGCUGAGCGAUUUACUUGGUGCCGCAGUUGAAUAUUUCCGUGUUCUGGUCGUCGUGCUCCAUCGUCCACCACCGAAGUUCGAUUAGGAGGAUACAUUGAGAGAUUGAGAAGAAAGAGAUGGCGGGUCACAAGAUUGCUCACGCGACCUUGAAAGGGCCGAGUGUUGUGAAGGAGAUAGUGAUUGGCAUUACGCUCGGGUUGGCAGCUGGUGGUCUGUGGAAGAUGCAUCACUGGAACGAGCAGAGGAAAACAAAAGCCUUCUAUGACUUGCUCGAGAAGGGUGAGAUCAGUGUCGUUGCCUCAUCCGCCGAAGAGUAAAAUGACCUCUUAACAAGAUAUUCUGCAUUUGGGUUGAUGAUCUUGUUCUUGUUUUCCCCCAUUUCGGUUUCUAUCCAGAGAUCUCAGAUGAACACAAUGUGAGAUCAGAUUUGUAAGAAAUAAGGGUUUUGACUGCAUAUUUACUUUGGACGGUUGCUCCUUGAGAAAUUUACAAAUUGGUUUUGCUUUUGUA